UCAAUCAAAGGGCAAAAAAAAAAAAAAAAAAAUCCACUCGCGUGGGCGAUCUUGAAUCCAUCUCGUCCUUUUCCCUCCCUGCUCUUUUUCUUCUUUCCGUGUUCCAACUUCUCCUUCCCUCUUCUACUGCGUCUCUGCCGUCGUGUUUCUUUCCACCCCCGAAAAGGAUUCGAAUCCCCUGCCCUCUUUCCCUCUCUGACUCGCCUGGCUUCCCUCCUCCCUUUCUUUAAGGAGAUUGGAGGAGAGGAGGAUACCAAAGAGGAGGUUUUUUUGGGGGUACAAGAGAAGAGUCCUCUUCACAAGCAACACAGAGAGAGGGAGGCAUCUCUGCCUUCGCCCACGAUGUCUUCCCCUAUCCCAUACGCAAGACCAAGAUAUCAAAGGACGACUCCGACGUUGCCUACACUCUGCGCCUGCCCCUUUAUUCCUCUCCCUUCCGACGGGUUUCCUUCCUUCUUCUCCGGAGGCUUUCGUCUCCUCCUCGCUGUUUAUUUUAUGGGCCUGGUGAUUACAUUAUGCGGAGAGGGGGUUGGCUCUGGGAGGAAGAAGAGGUAAUGGCUUCCGAAGCUUCUCCGGGGGGGACGCUCGAGUACACGCCGACGUGGGUGUUGGCUGCCGUCUGCAGUGUUAUCAUCGUCAUCUCUCUUGCUGUCGAGCGCUUGCUGCACUACCUCGGAAAGUUUUUGAAACAUAAAAGGCAGGAUGCACUUUUUGAGGCAUUACAGAAGGUGAAAGAAGAGCUAAUGCUACUCGGCUUUAUUUCCCUUCUCCUAACUGUCUUUCAAGGUUCUAUUAGCAACAUCUGCAUUCCAGAAAGUGUUUCAACUCACAUGCUUCCAUGCAAGAAGGAAGGCUUAACAUCAGCGCAAGAAAAUUAUCAUGGGAAGAACUUUUAUCAUGGUCGUACAUGGAACAAGCGGAGGCUCUUGGCUGAGGGUGCUAGUUCUGAUCACUGUACAAGUAAGGGCAAGGUUCCGCUGUUAUCCCUUGAAGCAUUACACCAAUUGCACAUCUUUAUCUUCGUUCUCGCAGUUGUUCAUGUUGUGUUCUGUGCCACUACUAUGGUUCUUGGAGGAGCUAAGAUUAGACAUUGGAAGCAUUGGGAGGAUGCAAUUCAGCUAGAAAUUAGCAAGCAUGAGAAGCCACCAGAUCACCGUCGCUUUGAGUUUGUCAAGGAGCGUGCAAUGGGAUUUUGGAGGAAGUCAGCAGUUGUAAGCUGGCUGAUUGCAUUCUUCAAGCAGUUUUCUGCCUCAGUCACUAAAUCAGAUUACAGAGCACUAAGAGAAGGAUUCAUCAUGCGUCACUGUCCUACACAUCCGCACUUUGAUUUCCACAAGUACAUGAUGCGUGCUCUUGAGGAUGAUUUUAGGAGAGUUGUUGGCAUAAGCUGGUAUCUCUGGCUCUUUGUUGUCAUCUUCCUGUUAUUGAAUGUGCACGGAUGGCACACGUACUUCUGGUUGUCUUUCCUGCCUCUUAUUCUUCUGCUUGUUGUGGGUGCAAAGCUGGAGCACAUUAUUACUCGGCUGGCUCAUCUAGCAGUGAUGCCUGGUGAUGACAAGGGAGGAGCAGCACGUGUGAAGCCAUCUGAUGAACAUUUUUGGUUCAAUAGACCUGACAUCGUCCUUUACUUGAUUCAUUUCAUAUUAUUUCAGAAUGCCUUUGAGAUUGCAUUUUUCUUCUGGAUCUGGACCACGUAUGGAUUCAAGUCCUGCAUCAUGGAAAGUGUGGGUUAUCUCGUCCCUCGUCUUGUCUUCGGAGUGAUCAUUCAACUCCUCUGCAGCUACAGCACUCUUCCUUUGUAUGCUAUCGUCUCACAGAUGGGCGACAUGUUUAAACGAGCAAUCUUCGCCGAACGUUUGCAUUUGCUGCUGCACGGUUGGGUCGAGGGUGCAAGAAAGCGCAAGAGGGCAGGCCCCAGUCUUUCUUCAGUUCUGGGAUGGUUCGGUCACAAGGAUAAGAAGAGCAACCAUUCUGGUGGUAGCGAUAUUCCAAUGCAGAGCAUCACCUCGGAAGUUCCUGAGAGUUCUCACAAUGUCCUGCGAUCAGCUGCCUUGGAAGGAACAAUAGCCUCGUCGACAGAGAUAUCACAGGUGCAAGCUGUGUAGCUGAAUUGUAUUAGAGCUCAGAAUGCCGGGUAACUGCAUCCCUUCGUUGAGAGCAUGGAUUCAGCAAACGAUGCUUUCUGCUUGUAAUGAACAACUUUUCUUUGGAUUUUGGGUAACCAUCCUAUCUGCUACCUUGAUGUGGAUAGCUUCAUAAGCUUAUCAUAAAUUUCUUGAAGGCACCUUGGAAAC